AGAGUCAGCCUCGGGAAUCCAACCGGAAUUUCCAACUGCGCUUUGACCUGGACGAUUUCGACAACAAUCAAACGUGUUGGAGAACUGCAGCCUGGGAUCUUUCCAGGUGAAUAUUAGCAAGUUUGGCAAAAAGUGAAGCCAAAUACCUGAGCCCAGCGAGACAGAUAAAGAGCCGAAGAUCCACAAACGCUCAUAGACGGAGGGAGCAGCGACCAUGGGAAUUUCUCUGCUAAAUACAUUCCUUCUGGUUCUUGCCGGGAUCACAGUUUCCAGCCGCGCCCAAGAUACGUGGCCAAAUGUGAAAGUUUUCAGGGUUGGAAUAAAGGGAGAUACAGGGCCAACAGAUGUGAAACUUCUCGGGGAUGGUGAAUCAGACAAAGUGACGAUUCUGAGAGGCUGCCUAGGGGCUCCUAGAUUAAAGGGAGAUACAGGGUCAGCAGAUGUGAAACUUCUUGGGGAUGGUGAAUCAGACAAACUGCUGAUGCAGAAAGGGUGUAUGGGGCCUCCUGGACCACCAGGAUUAAAGGGAGAUACAGGGCCAGCAGGACAUCAAGGGGAGAAAGGAGAAACUAGAGUGUGGUACCCAGCUGUUAAGAACUGUGUGGAGCUGCGCAAGUAUGGAGUCCUAUUUUCCGGCUGGUACACAAUCUACCCAGAUGGUAACAAGCCUCUACAUGUUCUCUGUGACAUGCAUACAGAUGGAGGGGGAUGGAUAGUGUUUCAGAAACGAAUGGACGGUUCUGUGGACUUUUACAGAAACUGGGAUUCCUACAAACAGGGUUUUGGCAGCCAACUGAGCGAGUUCUGGUUGGGAAAUGAGAACAUUCACCUCCUUACAUCCUCAGGGAAUUUCCAGCUGCGAAUUGACCUGCAGGAUUUUGACAACAAUCGGACCUACGCCACCUACAGCCAAUUCCGAAUAGAGCCUGAGGCUCAGAAAUACACCCUGCGUUUUGGAGCAUUCACCGGGGGCACUGCGGGGGACUCCUUGUCUUCUCACAACAACAAAGCUUUCGAAACAGGGGAUGUGCAGUACGAUACGAGUGUUACCGCUAACUGCGCACGAAUGUACAAAGGGGCCUGGUGGUAUCAAAAGUGUUACGAUUCCAGUCUGAAUGGAGAAUAUUUGCGGGGACCACUCGGUCAGAACUAUGGAGGAAUCGCCUGGACAACAUUCAGAGGGUAUAACUACUCACUGAAAAAGUCUGAAAUGAAGUUUCGGCCACAAUAGGAACAGAGAAUAAUCGAAUCCAGAGUAUUUUAUCCGGUGAUUUUAUGUAUAAAUUCAGAAGGCCGUGUUUUUCUUUCAUGGGAAAUCAACACUUGGAAUUGUGUUGGAAUGAUUGCCUGGGAAUGUUCCAUUGCUGCUCGGGGAUGUUGGGCCGUUAUGACUUUAGUCGCUACUCUAUGAUUUGUGCAGUUAUUUCUUCCGAAAAUAAAGUUGCUUCUGCGUUUCA